UGGAAAAGGUUCCGGGGGAGAUUGAUAUAGAAGGGAAUAGCAAGUUAAGGGAUAUUGUAUUCCCGGAUUUGAAGAAUGUCGAUGGGGCCUUGAUCUUGGAGGGGAGUUUUAAUGAGUGGGUCUCCCAAUUCCUUUCCUUCGUGGGGAGGAUAUUCAUUUAACGGUUGGGACAGGAUCAAAUUUGAGGACCUCGAUAAGGUCAAAGGACAGACAACUAUUCACUCCCAUGGCGGAUCAUUUCGAUGCUCGAGUCUCAAUUCUCUUCGUGAUGGUGAUGAUGACGAUGACGACGAUAACAAUACUCGCCGUCGCCGCGACAAUAACAACAACAAUAACAACGGCGCCUUUCAAGGCGCGUACACCUGCACCGACAGUUCCAGCAGCGGACUCAGUGCGGGCGCCAAAGCCGGUAUUGCCAUUGCUGUGAUUGUACUCGUCCUUCUCAUCCUUGUUGGUGUGUGGAUGAUGUAUCGGAAACAGCGAAAACGGCGCAGAAGACGGAAUGAUGAUCAAAGCCAGAUGAUGUAUACGCCUGUCGGGGUCGGUCUUCGUGGUGGCGGUGGUAGUAGUAAUCGAGACGAAGAAUCUUCAGCUGGUGAUGAGAAGCCUGUCACUGGAGUGCCGAAUCCUGCCGUUCUGAGGCAGAAUAGUGACUCGGUCAAUGCGCUUAGUGCCAUUCCCCGGAAACCGAUUUCGCCGCCACCGCCAUCGAACGAGAUGAAUAGGGAAUCUAUGGUGUCCAUGUCGACGUCUCCGCCCCUCCCUGCUGCGUUGGUCCCAGGUGAUCGCUCGUCUGCGUCGCCGCCGAAUGAUGCGGAUGGACGAUCGUUGUUCCUGCAUCCGAUCCCCCGGAGGCGACCGUCGGAGACAGAUGUGCCGUUGCUGGAUAGUGGUGACGUGCAUGAGGCGCCCGGAAGUCCAGUACAACGGCCGACAUUUGAGCUAGAUGCAGGGCCCGUGCGAGGAAUGCAUCAACAACCUAUUCAUCAUGAGUAGCAUGCGCUGCAGUCUAUGAUUUGCAUGUCCAAUGUAUAUACCUGAGCGGGUCAAUAGUUUCAAAAAAGAUUCACGAAGAUAAGAAUAUCUAACUGUAC